AUGGUUUUCGGCGUGCUGUAUCGUAUCUACACAGGUUUUAUUAGUCCUCCACCGGUCCGGAAGCAGCGUGAUCCCAUACGAUUCGGGCUCCUCGGAGCGUCGAAUAUCGCCCCAAUAGCCCUGAUUGUCCCAGCCAAAGCACAUCCAGAUGUGAUCAUCGCUGCAGUUGCAGCCCGAGAUCACAGUCGCGCAGAGGCAUACGCCAAGAAACAUGACAUUCCUAUCGUCCAUUCCUCCUACGAAGAUCUUCUCAGCGACCCUUCAAUCGACGCCAUCUACAUCGCCUUACCCAACAGUCUCCACUUUGAAUGGGCCCUGCGCGCCGUCCGCGCCGGCAAACACGUCCUCCUGGAGAAGCCAUCUUGUUCGAACGGCGAAGAAGCCCAUGCACUAUUCAACCACCCCUUGAUCGAAGCGCCUGGUGCCCCUAUUGUCCUGGAAGCAUUCCACUAUCGCUUCCAUCCCGCAUGGCAGGUAUUUCUGUCCUACAUCCACGGGGAUCCUACCGUGGGGCCAGUGAAACAUGCUCUUGCACAGCAGUAUCUUCCCAAGGGAGGAGUCCCGAUUACCGACAUUCGCUGGCGGUAUGAUCUUUCCGGUGGCGCGAUGAUGGAUUUUGGGACGUAUCCUAUGAACUGUCUACGUCAAAUUCUGCGGGAGGAACCGAAAGAGGUAGUUGAGGCAGAAGGGAGGCGUGUGCCUUCCAGCUGUGGGUUGGACUACGACAAGCAAAUUGACCAGGCAAUGACGGCGACAUACAGAACAGAGAGCGGUGCAACGGGAAAGCUGGUGGCUGAUCUGGCUGCGUCGGGAGGCUGGCCCUUACUUCCGGCUUCGUGGACGAAAUGGCUACCGGGUUUCGGCUGGCCUAAGUGCGAGGCUGAGUUGGAAGAAAAGGAAGUGAAGGGCCCGGACGGUAAAAUCCGCUCCGUCAAGCGGAAGGUAACUAUCUGGAAUCAUCUCAUGCCGAGUGUGUAUCACCGGAUUGAUGUGGAUGAUACGAUUACAAUCCGGCGUGCGGGCCUGGUUCUGAACACAUGGAAGGAAUCCAAACGACUCAAGGCGUAUAGUUGGCCAUCUGAUGAUGAACGAGCGAUUGUCGGGAAAGAGUGGUGGCCAAGCUAUCUCUAUCAACUGAAUGAGUUUGUGAACAAGAUCAAGGGGCGCAAGGGUUCGGGCGUCUGGGUUGAUGGAGAUGAUAGCAUCAGGCAGAUGGAGGCUAUUGAUCGAACCUACGAAAAGGCUGGGAUGAGACUACGACCGACAACCAGUUUUGAGCUAUGA